ACCACCAAGGCUCCUUACAGCAAGAUUGGUGCCGGCACUUGCGGCAUCAUCUUUGCGCAAGAGGAACAGCCUUUUGUGGUCAAGGUGGCCAAAACAAACGGCAACGCAUUGUGGAACGACUUUGGAAUGCACGCUUCCAUUGCCGACCAAUUCCGCAUUUGGAACGUCGUUGAAGUCAAGAUCCCGGCCUGCUACUACUUUGUCCCAAAGGGGCAUUCUUACUUUGACGACAACCCGUCGCUUGCACAAGCAGCCGGGCAAGUCUUCAAUGUGCCCAAUAGCGCCCUCGUCACCGAGCGGAUCUUUCCACUGCCCCUAAAGACUCGAAACCUAUUGAUUGACAAUUUCUGCUCAGAGCAGGCCAGAAACGCCGCCCGUACUGACCCGGCAAACAGAAACUGCCUGGUGCGAGUCUAUCUCGGCUCAAUGCACGGAUUGGUAGGGCGCUACUUUUCCCUUGAAAACUUUAGGCUGCACUUGAAUCAGAUGGACAAGCUCAAGCUGGACGCAAAAGCCAUUGCGGGACGGAUCGCUACUGCUCUUGCAGUCAUGCAUUGGGCGGCAAAGACGGAUGCCCGGGAUGUGGAAUUUGUUUUGGCAAGUUCCUCGCACAAGAUUUCACAAGGCUUCACCGGUCUGGAGAUGCGAUCUCUUAAGAAACCCACAUACACUGGGCCGCGAUCCAACAUUCACGACGACUUCUUUACUCGAACUACCGACCUUUGGGUUUUGGAUUUUAACCAGGUGCAGCCAAUCACCAUGGACGCAAAUGGCGUUGCAAAGGCCGUUGAAGCCUACAAGCUCAACGAUCCGUAUUUCCCACGGCCACUGCGGGAAUCGAGAAUUGAAAAGGUUGUGUGGAAUGAGUUUGUUGAGCAGUAUCUUGGUGCGGCCCAUACGAUCAUCAGAGAGGAGGCAAACACAAGACUGCUGCCACUUCCGGGCAAGUUUAUUAGCGGGCUGAUUGCGCUUGAGCGAUACAAACAGCGGAGG